ACGGCUCCAACCAUGUGGAGCACGGGUAGGGGUCCUAACCCGUUGUGGGCCCACCGAAUUAUUCUGAUUGCGCUGUGCUACCUGGUCCAACUAUCUGCACCGACGAACGAAAUAUGGCCCGUAGAGCGUCCGGAUGGUAUGCCCUCGAUAACGGCACUGGAGGUGAUGUGUGGUAAGGAUCACAUGGACGUGCACCUAUCAUUUUCCGCACCGUUCGAAGGGAUCGUAAGCUCCAAAGGCCAGCAUAGCGAUCCUAGAUGCAUUUACGUGCCACCGUCGACGGGGAAAACUUUCUUUACCUUCCGCAUCUCGUACUCGCGCUGCGGCACCAAGCCCGACCUAAAUGGGCAGUUUUACGAAAACACUGUCGUCGUGCAGUACGACAAGGAUCUGCUCGAAGUGUGGGACGAAGCGAAACGGUUACGGUGCGAGUGGUUCAACGAUUAUGAAAAAACUGCCUCCAAACCACCGAUGGUGAUUGCCGAUCUGGACGUGAUACAGCUGGACUUCCGAGGUGACAACGUGGAUUGUUGGAUGGAGAUACAGCAGGGCAAGGGUCCUUGGGCACCAGCGGUCAGUGGGAUUGUGCCGCUCGGAUCGACCAUGACGCUGGUCGUUGCGAUAAACGAUUUCCGUGGUGAGUUUGAUAUGCGCGUGAAGAGCUGUGUCGCGUCGGACGGUGCCGGGCACGUGAUAAAGCUGUCGGACGAGUACGGUUGCGUGCUGCGGCCAAAGAUGAUCUCUCGCUUCCUAAAGGCACGUGCCCCAGACGAUAAGGCGUCCGUAAUUACGUACGCGUUCUUCCACGCCUUCAAGUUCCCGGACGCGCUCAGCGUGCACAUUAAGUGUAAGGUCGAAAUUUGCCGACACGGUUGUCUGGACCACUGUCAGCAUAGUGGCGCGCCGGUCGGUGGAACACCAGCCGUGCCCGGCGGUCCGAAGCAGCACGAUCUGCUCGAGCGCAAGGAUACGCUGGUUAAUCAGAACAGCAACGACAUAUUGGCCGGUGACUCGGCGGAAGAGCUGGACUCGGGCAUGGCUGGGCAGGAUGUGUACUACGAUGACAUUAUCCACACGGAGAAGCAUCUCAACCAGUACAAGAAACCGAUGCAGAACCAGCCACCGAAAAAGAAGGACAGCUAUCUGCAGUACCACCAUCACAACCGUGAACCGAUGGACGACAUUGAGUCACUGUUCCUGAGCGACCAUUCGGCAAUGUCGGCCGACAUGAUGAAGAAACAGUCGCCGGGAAUGCCACCGGGUCCUGUUGGUGGUAUGCCGGGUAUGCCCGGAAUGCCCGGCAUGCCGGGUAUGGGCAUGGGUCCGGGCAAGUAUCCACCGCAAUCGAUGCAGCAGAUGGGUCAAAAGCCGAUUCCCGGCCCAGGUACGCCGAUGGAUGACGAUAAGUUCCCGCACGGGCCGCGCCAGAUGGAUGCAGAAAAGCGCAUGGGCUUACCGGCCGUGGCUGGUCCUCGGGCACUGAAUCUCGAUGCGGACGAUGUGCAGAACCAGAGCUACAAUCAGGCUGGGGCACGGUUGCGUCAGCGGCGCUCGGUACGCGUCACCGAUCGGAAGGCACGUUCGGCGGACAUUGGCGUGAGCGGCAUUUACGAGGUUAUCUCCGAGGCAGACUUAGCAUUUAACCCGGACAGCAAGCAGGAAGCGGUGACCGUGUUUCAGGGCAAGAUUACGGAGGAGGUUGUGUACGGCAUUUGUAUGCCGGUGCCCGGCUUCAGCAUUCUCUUCAUACUGGUCAUCUCGGCAACGAUCAUUUCGGCACUGAUUGCCGGUUCGCUGCUGUACAGAUAUCAGCUGCAGAAGGAAAUGAUUGCUAAUCGGACGCAGAGCCACAAUGCGCCGAUGAACUCGAUCGCUACGUGGAUGACGUUACGUCUGUUCCGGUCCAGGCAUAAUGGGCCGGUAGUUGGUGGAGCGGCUGCCGUACGCCCGAUGGAAUUGAACGCCAGUAACCAGUGA